AUGGGUGGCGCUCGCGAUGCCCGCGCUAUCCUUUUCGAUCUCGUGGGGCCAAUCAAGUUUCACAAGAUUCGAAAGCAGAAGACCAAGCUGAGCCCCAUGCUGUAUGGAUGGUAUCACAACUCGCCAUGGUCGGCGUACAACAACCUCAACUGGCACCUUGCACGCUUGGUGCAUUUGCAUGCAGGAAUCUUCGAAGCGCAUGUUGAGUUCGUUUCCGUAAGCUUCUUCCGACUGGAUGGUCUGCCAGUGUCUCUGAUUGUGGAGCAAGUUUUGAAGAAUCUACAGCUUCGCAUCGUUGGCUUGGACUGUCCUGAAGAGCUGCCGUUGUUGGAGCAUGCGGUGUUGAGACGAGACCUGACGAUCAAGACAGCCACUCUAAUCAAGAUCGGGGCCCACGUGGAUCAGAGCUUUGAGUUGGCACCGGUUUACCACAGCCCCCUGCGCCAGUACCUUAUGCCGAAGAAGCGCGAGGUGAAUGAAGUCACCGUGAGCUCCAGCUCGGCAGAUGAGGUCCGUAAUGUGGUGCCAACAGCAGGGGCGGCGUUGCAUGAUGCCACAGAGAUCAUCAAAGUCUUGGUGGAUUGUCCUGCGAAUGGAGGUGAACGUGGGGCGGUCGUCACCAUGAUGCGCAGUUUGAAGUACAAGCUCAUUGCGGCGCUCUUGAAGACGGAUGCCAAGACGAUCUCAGAUGUCUACUUCAUGACCCCUGAUCUCGAGGCCAAUGGCCAGCCAAUAACUCCGGAUCUUCUUGAAGCCGAGUUUAAGCUGGCAGUCUUUGACCAGUUGCAGAAGAAUACGUCGACGAUCUCCAGAGUCUCCACGAUACCGCCCCACAAGACUUUGACAGAGCAUGUGAAGGAGAAGGCAGCGGGACUGCAGGCUGACCACCUGCCCCUUGCACUGCGGGAGUUGCAGAACGGCUUGGAGUACCAGCUGCAUGGGCCGGUGAGCUCGGGUUUGACCAUCGAUGGCUUUGAAAAGUUCGUGGGCAUCGGCUUAGCACAGAAGAGCCUCAAGGAUGCCCUUGGUUUCAAGGAAGCGAAGCCAUUGAUUCUGGAGAUUCGCACAUGCUUUGUCCCGGAGCAGAAGAAGAGUACCGGCCAAUUCGCUGAGAUCCAGCACUUUUGGCAGCACAAGAUCUUACAAAAGGAAUCUGCGAAUUUUGUGUCUUGGCUGGAUAUCUCGGAGCGCACUUGGACGAUUGAUCGCGUCUUCCUUAACGGCAUUCUCCCAGCUGGACAUCGAUAUGGAGCAAAGGCCAUUGCAGAGCACCUCUUGGCACCUCCCAUGCUCUUUUUCCAGUCGAAGAAAGGGUCCCAGAUCAGUCCGGGCUCAGAGGCCUUCCUGAACUCCAUGCCGGACUUGAAGAAGCUGGUGGUUUCGGAUGUGGUGAAUUGGAACACCUAUCUGCUGAUGGCUGUGUGUGGUCGAACGGAAGCCGAGGCGCGGCAGAAGUUGGGUGACGUCUUAGACUUCGCCCUGAACACGGAGCUUAAAGCUGCGAAUUUGAAGAAGGAGACGCUGCUGAAAGGUAGCACCUUGGAGGUUUUUCAGUGCACCAUCUUGGGGAAGAUGGUCUCUUGGGCCCUGAAGCUUUGGAAUGAGCAGCUACAGAGAGCUGUGAAGAUGACGAGCGCAGAGGUGGUCUACGGAGAGGGUGACGAGAUCAUCUUCGGUGAGAGAAGGCCCCGAAUGGCGGUGGUGGUUCAGCUGGCUGAGGAGCACGCCGAAUUGAGAGCUACCAAAAAGUUCGGUGCGGUGAAGGAAGUCGUGCAGAGCGAAGGCGAUUCGCCGAUGGAUGGCAUGGCAAAGUUCCUGGAGGGUGCAUGGGGGACCCACGCACGAGUCCAGUUUCCUGGCGCCAACAAUGCACGACAAUACUUUGCAGGGCUUUCGAGGGCCAUGAUCUGCUUUAUGCAUGAGUUGCAACUGGAACGUGGCCUUUCAUGCUAUGCCAUGGCUGCAGACCCCACGAUUAUGGCGACGGCCGUGGAGCGCUUGCAGAGCCAGCGCACCAGCGGCGACAAGGCGGUACAACAGCUCUCCGAGAUCUUGCGCCUCGCGCCGGCCCUCCAGGAGAAAGGCUUCAUCCAAAGCAAGCACCAGGACCUGUUUGCCGUGCAAGACGUGUCCGUUGGCGUGGUGUUGCAGCGAGGCCGCGUGAAUGGCGCGAUGCGACACGUCACGCCCAGCUGGAUCAGCCGAUACGAGACCGUGUGCAUGGGGGACACGGGAUACCAUGCACUCAUCGGUCACAUCAUGAAGACCAUCGUGCAAGCCCUCAGCUUCGCGGCAGAGGGCCUGGAAUCUCCGGAGGCCAAACAAGUCCCGGACCGGUGUACCUUCCUGCUGCGCUGCAAAGAAGCCAUUGGUCGAGAGCGAUGUCUGAUAGCAGCAAAAAGUCGUUCGCAACUGGACGACGAGAGCCGCGCCAGGCAGCUCUUCAAGGAGAUGAUCGAAGGUGGAGAAGAAGCCUUGAAGUGGGUUCUGGAGGAUAAAGUCCUUGGACCUGCGCCAGAAAGCCAAGCUUUGUCCACUGCCUUUGCAGAGGCACGCUUGCUCUAUGCAAAUGAUGCGAAGGUACCUGCAGACCGGGCAGUGGAAUUGUUCGAAAAGUUUACCCAAUGGAUUCAAUUUGCUUAUGGCCACAUCCAAAGAGAGAUUGCGGCGUUAAUUACCGACAUACCAGGGGAAAGCACAGCCCUGGCCGGUCCUGGCAUGCACUUUGGCGUUUAA